AUGCUGGACUCCCGCUCCCUGAAAGGCCCAGCUCAGCUCCCUUUUGUGUUCAGGACCUUGGACAGGUCCUCAGUCAGGCUGGCUUUUCCCCCUCUGCCUGCCUUCACCACCCCAGCGGCAAGCCAUCAGCUGAUGAGAGCUGAUGGCUUAAAAGAUGGCAGCUGUCAGUUCUCAGGGAGAGAACCACAGCUUCACACCCUGAAUUACAGCGAGAACGGAACCAGAUACGAACUCUAUAGAACCAAAACCAGUUACUAUGAUAUCCUGGGGGUGUCACCCACCGCUACUCAAACCCAAAUCAAAGCGGCUUACUACAAGCAGUCCUUCACGUAUCAUCCGGACAGGAACGCCGGGAGCAGUGACGCCACGACCCUUUUCUCGGAGAUAUGCGAGGCCUACACGGUCCUGGGGAACAAGAGACUCCGGUACAAGUACGACCGGAGUCUCUUGAGUCCAUCAGACCUCACUUCUCUAUCAAGACCCCCCACCAAGGACACCGGGGGCUCAACCACUCCGCAUCCCGACAGCAGACGGUCCGUGUCGGGCAUCCACUCCCGGAGAGGCGUGUUCGACUUCGACAAGUUCUACGAGUCUCACUACAGGGAGCAGCUGCAGAGGCAGAGAGACCUGCGAGCCCACAGAGAGAAGCUGAAGAGGAAAGAGGCUUCUGCAGCAAACCAGACACUAGACAGUAUGAUGGAGAUGGGCGUAGGGAUGCUACGAUUAUUGCAGGGGUGAUUUUAUAUAAUCUGAAGCAGUGAUGGAAGUUUUUUCAGUGAAAAAAGCUAAACGCGGUGGCACUUUAUCCUAAAUGUUGUCUUUUAAAAUAGUUUAUUGAGCUGCAAUCAUAAAAGUCAAACUUUUAGAUGAAAUAACGCUUUAUUUUGUCACGUGGUGAGAAAUAUUUUACCAUUAGGACUCGGAGUUCUGUGAUUGGUAAUAUUCCACUCUGCGGCUCUUGGCAGGGUCUUAGGCUGCUUUAAUGAAAUAGCACUUUUAAUCUAGCCUGGCAAGCCAGACUAAAUAAAUGUAUUAUUCUUUGCAAAGAAAGAAUUUGGUCUAGUUCACUAGGCUACUUUUAAUCAUUAUUUAAAUAAACAUUUUAAAUGGUUUUGCGCAUCAAAAACACCAGUGAGUUGCUGAGAUUAGAAAACCCACAGGAGCCUGUACUGACUAAACAGAUGGUUCAUCUAAAAAAAUAAAAAAUAA